AUGAAUUCAAAGAAUAAUGGUAAUUUUCUCGAGAUUCUACAAUUUGUUUGUAAUAAUAAUGAAGAGAUUGAUAAAGUAUUGAAAAAAUCUUGUGGAAAUCUCAAAUUAGUGUCACCUAGCAUUCAAAAAGAUAUUGUGAAAGUUGCUACUUGUGAGACCACAAAAUUUAUUAUUGAUGAUCUUAACAGUGAUUUGUUCUCUAUUUUAAUUGAUAAAUCUCGAGAUAUUUCAGUUAAAGAGCAGAUGGUUGUUUUAUGCUAUGUAGACAAGAAAAGAUGUGUCAUUGAGAGAUUUCUUGGUAUUGUCCAUGUUGCAAAUACAAGUGAUAUGUCUUUAAAGUCGGCACUAGAAUCCUUAUUGGCAAAGUACAAUUUAAGCUUUUCAAUAGUUCGUGGACAAGGAUAUGAUGGGGCUAUUAACAAUUUAUCUAAUGUUGUUGGAGCUUCUUGCAAGCGUAGAGAUAUUCUUAGAGAAAGUAAAAUUCUUAAAGUAAUGAAAGCAUUAGAGAGUGGAGAAAGUUUAACUGGUCGCGGCUUGAAUCCAAAAACUACACUAACAAGAGCUGGAGAUACUAUAUGGGGAUACAUUACGGAAAGAUUGCAAACUAUGAGAGAAUAUGGUUGGUCUAGUUUACUUGAUGAAGUGACAUUGUUUUAUGAGAAGCAUAGUAUUGACAUUAUAAAUAUGGAUGACGCCUUUAUGUUACAUGGAAAACCAAGGCAUAAUGUUGAAAUAGUUUCAAACACUACUACAAAAGCGCUUCUAACGACGGACGCGAAAUAA